AUGAGUGAUAUCACAGCUAUUUUGGCGUCGGGUUCUCAGCUCAAUACCACGGUUAUCAAAGUGCAGAAUGAAGACGAGCUGCGAUGGGUUGGUAUUUUUGGUCGCUUGUUUGGAAUCAAGGUUGACGGUGAACAAGGGCAUAAACAGGAAUUGAAACGGCAUUUUUCUAUUUGGAGUUUGAUCGGACUCGCUGCCAAUUGCACUAAUUCGUGGACUGGUCAGUGA